AUGCUCCCCUCACGCAUCAUGUUCAACAAUACGCGCAAUCCAGUCCCCCUCCUGCGUCUCGCAACCAUCCUCGCCGCCGUCCUCACCUUCAUCUUGAUGGGGAUAGCCUACUCGCAGCAAGAAUACUUCUUCACGUCAAGCCCAGGCUCAUCCACAGACGCCGUGGUCUUCGCUCCAGUCCGUCCCUUCUCCCUAACCCUCACAUUACCUCCAGUUCCCCAAUCGACUAAGAUAAUCUGCCCACAGGCCGCCUACACCCUCCUCUACAGCACCCCAACCCUCCUCCUCCAUCUCCUCCGCGGGCCUCACCCCUACCAUCCCGGAAUCGACAUACCCUUCGACUUCAUCGGCUGGGGUCUCGGAUGGGCCAUGGGAUGUCUGUUGCUCGCGACGAAUCUGAAGUACAAGUACCCGAGCAAUGAGGAUUAUCCGUCUGGAGAUGGGAGGGUCAUUAUGGAGGGGGAGGUGUUGAAGGGGGUGGAGAUUGCGGGGGCGGUGUUUGCGGUGGUUGUUGGGGCGGUUGACGUGAGAAGGAAGAGUGAGAAGGCGGCGAAGAAAUUGGGCAUUGCAGGUGGGAAAUGGAACGAUGCCUGA